GCCAGCACCCUGCACCGCCAUGCUUGCCCUGGAGGCUACACAGUGUGCGACCAUGCCCCUGCGCCUCUCCCCCGCCGCGCUCGACCCGCCACACUUCAGCUGCCUGUACCCAGACGGCAUCUUCUACGACUUGGACAGCUGCAAACACACCAGCUACCCGGAUGCAGAGGGGGCCCCUGACCCUGCCUGGGGCUGGCCUGAGGCCCCACCCACCCCGGCCACCCCCUACGAAGCCUUCGACCCAGCAGUGGCCACCUUUGGCCACCCUCAGGCUGGCCCUCUCUGCUAUGGACCCUCUGCUUACAGCCCAGUGGGGAGCCUUGAACAGGUCCCCAACCUGGAGGCCCCAGGGACAGGCCUCCCUGCCUACCCCACAGAGGACUUCACCAGCCAGACCCCUGGCCCCCUGGCCUACGCCCCAUACCCCAGCCCUGUGCUGUCGGAGGAGGAAGAGGUGUUGCUGGACAGCCCUGCCCUGGAGGUGUCGGACAGCGAGUCAGAUGAGGCCCUGGUGGCUGCCCCCGAGGGAAGAGGAUCCGAGGCAGGGACACGCAAGAAGGUCCGGCUGUACCAGUUCCUGCUGGGGCUGCUGACCCGAGGCGACAUGCGAGAGUGCGUGUGGUGGGUGGAGCCGGGCGCCGGCGUCUUCCAGUUCUCCUCGAAGCACAAGGAGCUGCUGGCGCGGCGCUGGGGGCAGCAGAAGGGCAACCGCAAGCGCAUGACCUACCAGAAGCUGGCGCGCGCACUGCGCAACUACGCCAAGACCGGCGAGAUCCGCAAGGUCAAGCGCAAGCUCACCUACCAGUUUGACAGCGCGCUGCUGCCGCUCCCCCGCCGGGCCUGAACCCACUCAAGUCCCGCAGGGGGGGGCCUGGGAGGGACCCUGCUGGGACCCCUCUGCAGACUGCUGAAGACCUGUGGACCCCCACAUCCGGGGGCCACCAUCCUGCCGCCUGCCUGAGAUCCCCACACAGGGCUGGGUCACAGGCCCUGUGGACUGCUAUAAGGUGGAGGUGGGGGCGGUAGUGUUUCUAGAAUCUCAAAGGUUUCUUGGGGAUCCCCCGGUGAUGUCUGAGGCGCCCCAGCCGGGGUCAGGAACCUACUGCAUCCCUUGGGGGUCUGGGGGCCUCCAUCUCAGUACCCCAUGGAGGGUGCCCCAGGGAAGGGGGUGAGAUCCAAAGAGGCCUGGUUAUGCCCCAGAGGCUUUUGGGGAGCCCUUGAAGGCCUUGGCUCUAUCCACCUGUGACUUGUCACAUCUGCCCCCCUCCGAGGCCCCCCGUCAUUUGUCAUCUCAUAGAUCCUCAUUAGACUUCACCUUUCCCAAAUCUGGAAUGCUCCAGUGGCCUCUAGGGCCCCCUCCGCUCUCUCUGAGUCCCACCUGAAAUGACCCCAUCAAGCCUGGGCCCCUCUGGGGUCCCCUUGUGUAAUCUGGGAUGCUUUGGUCACAUCUGAGGCCCCCUGUGUGCGCCCCCCACCCUCCCGGUAAAAACCAGCACAAAGCCCUACACUGUCGGGGGCAAAGCAGCCAUUCCAGGGGUAGCUUCCAUAAUGAUAUGCCCAGGGGCCCCCCAGCCACUGGGCUGAUUUCUGGGUGCUGAUGUCCUCCCCAUGCCAUUUACAACUAGAGGUGAAACUGGCUCAUCCCCUUCCUACCACCUGGGCAAAGUCAGUCCCUGGAGAAUUUCCCCUCCUUCCCCACUUCACUAAAGUUUUGUGUGAGGGGUGGAAACAAAUGAUCAUGAUCAUCCAACCUAGCAAACUAGGAAGGUUUUGCUUAAUUCCAAUUUCUGGCUUCACCUGGUGACAGUGGACCAGGGUGUCUGGAGCAGGGCAGUGCCUCCCGCUCUCAGUUCCUGCCAUGACUGAUUCCCACCCCAGCUGCCCGUUCAGCCCCCACUCCUUCUCUUUCUUCCCUGUUGUCAAUGGAGCCGGAGCUGAAGCCAGUGUGAACUUAGAGAAGCUCAGGAGGGCCCGGGGAGUCAGAGGCCCAGGACUGGGGGCCACAGGAAGCUGCUCUCAGCUGGUACUUGUGAAGAAGGGGAUGAGGAGGGCCUCCAAAAGCCAUGGUGCCAUGUUGAGCCCCAAGGGUGGCCCAGGGGUAGGAGAAAGGAACGCCAUGGACCCGGAACGGGGACAGGCCCACAUGUGCACAGCGUGGCAGGUGGCACAGCCUCGGGCUGGGACUUGCCCUCAAGAGAAAGAGAAAAAGGAGAGGCAUGCAAAAUGUCUUCUCCCCAAAGAUACAUCCUACAGAAUCUGUCAUCUUCCUUCUAACUAUGAAAUAAAAGAAGCUGAACGAAGGUA